AUGGAUUCAUUACACACCACAGAAUUAGACGGAAUUUUACCUUUAGUUUGUAAGGGAAAAGUUAGGGAUAUUUAUCAAGUAGAUGAUGAAACCUUAUUAUUUGUUGCAACUGAUAGGGUUUCAGCAUACGAUGUGAUAAUGGAAAACGGUAUUUCAUCAAAGGGAAAGAUUUUGACUAGAAUUUCUGAAUUCUGGUUUGAGUUCUUAUCGAGCAGUAUUCCAAACCAUUUGGUAUUGUCAAAUAAUGACGAUGAGCAUUUGUUCGCCAGAUUACCUGCUAAGUUAUCUGAACCAAAAUACAAACAACAAAUAAGUGGUAGAUCCUUAUUGGUGAGAAAGUUAAAAUUAAUUCCAUUAGAGGUUAUUGUCAGAGGGUACAUUACUGGUUCUGCCUGGAAGGAGUACAAGAAUAAGAAGACGGUGCAUGGUUUAAGUAUUGAUCAGGAUGAUUUACAAGAAUCCCAAGAAUUUACCAAGCCAAUUUUCACCCCAUCAACCAAAGCCGAACAAGGAGAACAUGAUGAAAAUAUAUCCCCAGAAAAAGCGGCCGAAAUUGUUGGACAAGAAUUGUGCGAUAAAUUGGAAGCAAAGGCCAUUGAGUUAUAUUCAAAAGCCAAGGAAUAUGCUAAAUCGAGAGGCAUUAUUAUCGCAGAUACUAAGUUCGAAUUUGGCUUAGAUAAGGACAACAAUAUUGUUUUGGUUGACGAGGUAUUAACUCCUGAUUCAUCGAGAUUCUGGAAUGCCGCUAAUUAUCAAAUUGGCAAAUCCCAAGAUUCUUAUGAUAAACAAUUCUUAAGAGACUGGUUAACCGCAAAUGGUUUAGCCGGUAAAUUUGGCGUCGCAAUGGAUGAAAAUAUAAUUGUUAAGUCAAAAGAAAAAUAUAUUGAAGCUUAUGAAUCUUUGACCGGUGAGAAAUGGUCUGAAUAA